CAGGUCCGGCAGGCCCUGGCUCGGCCUCGCGCGGCCCACGCCCUGCGCCCCUCCGCGGCCAGCUCUCAGCGGAUCGUCGGGGACCUGCGGAGCUCCAAGUGGAGCACCCGGAGGGAGGAGCGCUACAGGAUACUGUCCAGCCACCGGGCAGGGCUGCCCAGGCCGGCCGAGCCUCAGCCAGCCCGGCCCCAGGCGUCGGACGCCGCGGAGGAGACCGGAAAGGAGUCUGAGAAGUGGAGCCUCGGGGAGAUCCAAGUGGUGGACCUGGUCCACGAAGAUGCCGGAGACCAGGACAAGCCUCUUAGCAAGUCGUCCGACCCAGAGGUGAUUCUGUGCAACAACACCAAGAUGCUGCGUGAGCGCCUGAGCAUCUCCGGGGAGCGGCUGGGGCCGGAGCGCCCGGACCCGAGCGACGACUACGUCUACGACCUGUACUAUCAGGAAAUGGCGGCACCGGGCUGGAUCCAGGACAUCCUGUCCGUCCGGGUCUACGCCGAUGAGGGAGAACUGGUUCCCGAUCUGGUGGUUCACGAGGAGGAGGUGUACGAGGACGAGGAUGAUGAGAACGAGGAGGGCAACUGGAGGAACGAUUACCCCGACGAGGGAAGCGACGGCGACAGCGACAGAGAGGAGCGCUACGGGGGCUACUGGGAAGAGGAGCACUCGUACAGCCGGAGGAGCUGGCAGCGCUACCAGAGGGAGGUGCUGCGCGAGCUGGGCUGCAGCGCCGAGGAAGAGGAGGAGGAGGACGCAGCAAAAUAUGAUUCCGACUGAUCUUCCUAAGCAGCACUUCCAGUAAUGAAGCCACACUCUGUGGGCCGCUGUGUAGCCGAGAGCGUCUGAUGGGUCACGUGCCAAACUGUGAGAGGAUCACGCUCGGUUCAUCUCUGCUACAAAGAGGCUAAAGGAGUGGGUGUCAUUCAGUGUUUUUUUUCUUUUUGUUUUGUUUUUUUUAAAUGGUGGAGUGAAUUUGUGUGCGUUUAUUAAAGUGGAUGUGUGUUAGAAUCGUUGCACAGUAGUGUGAUUAUGCCUCGUAUGCUUCGUGCCGUUUCCACUUUUGUUAGUGAGGUGUCUAAGGCCGUGUGUGUUUGCAGUUUAGGGCGUUUGCAUUUCGUGCGUAAGUGUAACUGUGCGUUAGGUUUUUUUGUUUUUUUUUGCAUAAUAUGUACGCGUGCUGGAGAAUCUUCUGCUCCAAAUGUGUGCGGUUGGGUCAGAAAUUCCUGUUUGAAGUUCAGAUUGGUUCUCGGGUGUUUGUGGAAUAAAAGUUUUUGUAAAUAUGUAGAUGUGUAUAAAAAAAUAAAUCUUUGAAAAUAA